CCUUUCUCUCUCACACACAGUAGACAUAUAAAAGUGCAGUAGAUAUUCUUUGGGGAUUUCACAGUUGAUAGGAGCCCGCUAUUAGUCUAAUAUCCCAGUCAUGGAGGAGGGAUACAGAAUUGACCUGGACUACAUCACGGAGCGCAUCAUCACCGUAUCCUUCCCUCAGGCAUGCCCAGACCAGACCUACCUCCAGAACCUGCGUGAUAUCACACAGAUGCUCAAAUCCAAACAUGGCCACAACUACAUGGUGAUCAACCUCUCAGAGAAGAAUGAUAGCCUGACCCAGAUGAACCCCAAGGUGUUGGACACGGGCUGGCUAGAGCUGCUGGCCCCGUCCAUGGAACAGAUGUGUGGUGUGUGUAAGACCAUGGAUAACUGGCUCCACUCACACACACAGCAUGUUCUGGUCAUGCACUGUCGGGGUGGUCAAGGCAGAGUCGGGGUGAUGGUGGCCUCCUACAUCCACUUCAGCAGCAUAUCAGCAAGUGCAGACCUGGGUCUAGACCACUUUGCCAUGAGAAGGUUCUACAACGACAAAGUAUCUUCCCUGAUGAAUCCCUCGCAGAAACGGUAUGUGUGGAUGUUCAGCAGUCUGCUGAGGGGAGUUAUGAACAUGGAUCACUCUCCUCUCUUCCUCCUUUGUGUGGUUCUUCACGGCGUGCCCAACGUCAAUUCUGAGGGAGGAUGUCGUCUGUUCCUGAGAGUGUACCAGAGCCUGCAGGUCGUCUGCACUUCAGCAGUCUAUCACGUGCGAGCAGUACAGACAGACAGGGUUUACUUUGUAAUGCAACCAGCUCAACUGCUGAAGGGAGACAUAAUGGUGGUGUGUUAUAAUAAAAACCACCAGACAGCCAGCCGAGAGGUCAUCUUCAGGCUCCAGUUUCACACUGGCAUUAUCCACGGUCGCCCCCUGCUUUUCCCCAAGGAAGACCUUGACACAGCUUAUAUAGAUCCCAGGUUUCCAGACGAUGGGAAAGUUGAGUUGGUGUUCUCUGAAAAUCCUGAGAAGAUGCCAGGCAGUGGUCACUGGCAAAACGGACCCUCUGUCAUCGUGGACUACGAUACCUGGGACCCCCUGGUUCGACGGGACUCCUAUGAGUACAUCUCUCCAGAAGGACUAGCUCUGCCUCAUAGCCCGGGCCCUGUCGAUGGCAACCUAUACGCCAGAGUAAGGAAGGGAAGUAGUGACGAAGGAGCUCCGUUUCACCUGGCAACCAGCUACCCUAUCCCCAGUGGCCUUAAACUGUCAGCCAGCAAAGACUCAGGCCUCUCUAUUGCCUCCCAGAGGACCGGAGGUAUUACUGCUGUGAGCCCCAGGAGAGGGCCCAGUCAGGACGAACUUACCCAGCUCAGGCGGCUUCUAUCUGAGGUCGGCCUGGAGCCUCAUCUGGAGGACAUGACUGACCUCGCAGCCUCCUGUAAUGCAGCGAGGGAGAUGAAGGGGGACGAGGCUGGGUUAGGGCAGCCUGUGAAGGCCUCUCCUAGCGAGAGGGAGUCAGACAUCCUUUAUGAUGACGAGGUUAGCCCCGAGGCUAGCAUUGGCUCGUUCUCCUCUGAGUGCAUACUUGAAGCCCAGGGAGUGGUCCAGAGUGGAAGUGGAUACUCCACCCCCUCCACCCAAUCAUGGGUGCAGCAGCAGCAGAUAGUCGUCAGGGGGCAGGACAGCCCUGUGGAUACACUUUCUCUGAUUGGUCCAAACACCUUAUCACUUCCAGACACGCCCAAUAGGGGGAGCAGCAGCAGAGAGUCGGUGCAGAGAGGAGUGGAGGGAGGGGUGGGGUUGCCUGUACAGACGGACAGUCACACACACGCCUCACACACCACCCAUACACCGUUGCCCUCAGGGGAACCUUGCGGGCAGGAGGAGCUUGCCUCGUUAGCCACAGACAUUGAUGAGUCCAUCGAGCAGCUUAACCAGCUGAUCCUAGAUCUGGACCCCACCUUCAUACCUGUUCCCACCCGACACACCCCCCUCCCCCUUGCUCUCUCCACUUCCCUCUACACCAAUGGUAACAACCAUACGACGACACAUGCCAACGCCAGCCAAUCAGGCUGGAAGCACAGACAGGCCAGUGAUGUCACAGAUUACCCAGGAUUCUACAGUCCUGGUUGGGGCGGAGCCCAGACAUUCCAGAAUGCUCCGAUCUACAGGCCCAACCUACGUCCCUCCCAGUGUCUCUCCAGGAUGGACAGUGUGGACUAUGAAGGACCGACUCCAGUAACGGACAGCUGUGACAUAGUCCCGUCCACACCAGCAUUUCCUAUCUCUCCUCCAACGCCCUAUGUGAAAAGUUUCCCAGUGUUCUCUUACCUGAGGCCAGGAGAAGGACAUUGGGAGACGAGCGGAAUAUCACAAGAUUCCCAGAGUUUCCUGGACAGUAGUAUGAACCAGACUCCAGUGUCGUCGGAAGGACAGCAGUUCCGCUCUGAAGUGUCCGUCACUACCGCUUCCUGUCAGAGAAUGUUCGGAUCCAUGUGCUCUGUAUCGUCAGGCAGCUCCUUCCCUCACACAGACAGCCAAACUCCACCUCCAGUGUGGCUGGACAGGACUCCUACGUCCCUGUCUUCCCCAUCCGCUUCCCCCUCUCUGUUACCUCUCAGCCUCCCCAAUGCCCACAGCUCUCCCUGGGAGGCCCCGGGGGGCCUGGAGGGGUCUGAGGACCUGAGCUGUGAUGAGAGGAACAAGGGGUACCAGAGCCAGGGGGAUUUAGCCUCUCUGCUGUUGGGGAAUGGAGGUCUGGGACUGGAGCACAGCCUGUUGAAGGCAGUGGAGCGGCUGGGGGGCCUUGAUUUAGGCCUGAACCUGGGUCUGGACCUGGGGCUUGGAGAGGGCAGACUGGGGGAACUACCACCCCUGCUGCCUGAGAAGAAGGUACCGGGGCUAGGCUUGGGUGGGUCGACGUCCCCCUCGUUCAGUGGGUUCUCCAGCCCCCACAGUGGUAGUAGUCUCAGCAUCCCCUUCCCCUCAGCCAUGACCCCUGACCCUCUCAUGACCUCUGACCAUCUCAAAGGACUCAGCGCUGGUGGUGUAGCCCCCUCGCCUGGAUCAGACCUGUUUGCCAGUAAGCAGCACACUGUGAAGUUUGUUCAGGACACAUCCAAGUUCUGGUACAAGCCUGACAUCUCCAGAGAUCAAGCUAUCACUAUGCUGAAGGACAGAGAACCUGGAUCUUUUGUCGUCAGGGACAGUCACUCGUUCCGCGGAGCCUACGGAUUGGCUAUGAAGGUGGCCACACCCCCUCCCUCUGUCCUGACACAGACCAAGAAAGUGGGAGGGGACCUGUCUAAUGAGCUGGUGAGGCACUUCCUGAUUGAGUGCACUCAGAAAGGGGUACGGCUUAAGGGCUGCCCCAACGAACCCUACUUUGGAAGUCUGACUGCAUUGGUCUGUCAACAUUCCAUCACCCCCUUGGCCCUGCCCUGCAAACUCAUCAUCCCCGACAGAGAUCCUCUGGAAGAGACUAGUGAGCCAUCAACACAGUCAGCCACCAACUCUGCUGCUGAGCUACUCAAACAGGGAGCAGCCUGUAAUGUGUGGUUCCUGGGCUCAGUAGAGCUGGAGUCUCUAACAGGGUACCAGGCUGUGCAGAAGGCAGCCAGUCUGAUUCUGGCCAUGGACCCUGCUUCUACCUCCACUGUGGUCCAUUUCAAAGUCUCAGCCCAGGGCAUCACCCUCACCGACAACCAGAGGAAGCUGUUCUUCAGGAGACACUACACUGUCAAUACAGUCAUAUUCUGUGCUCUUGACCCACAGGAACGCAAGUGGACAAGAGAUGGCUGCUCCUCUGCUAAGAUCUUUGGUUUUGUGGCGAGGAAGUCGAUGAAUGGGACGGAGAACGUGUGUCACCUGUUUGCUGAACAUGACCCCGAACAACCCGCCAGCGCCAUCGUAAACUUUGUCUCCAAGGUGAUGAUUGGCUCACCGAAGAAAUAACACAGCGCGCGCACACACACACACACACACACACACACACACACACACACACACACACACACACACACACACACACACACACACACACACACACACACACACACACACACACACACACACAAUGUUUGUCCUGCUGGUACAUACAGCACUAAAAUUCUGAUGUAGAAGAGAAGAGACUAAUGUGUUGCAUUAUGGGAUACUACCCGCAGAAGCAACAACUUUACGCUACACACCAGGGGCCUAAUUUAUAAACAUUGCAUAUACACAACAUUUGCACCAAAAUCUGCAUGCACCAGUUUUCAACAAAAGUUAUCAUUUAUAAAAACUUGCUGUGAGAAUGUGAUCCCCUCCCCGCAGACUUUAGACCAUACAUAUGCACAUCUGCUUGUGGUUGAAAUAUUCUAUUACAAGCUGGAAAGUAAGGAUUUUGUAACGUUCUGUUGACAGGUUCACAGCAAUUUGCCAGUGUUUUCUCUUUCAGAAACUGACUGACAGUCCUUUUCCAGAUACACCAUAAAUUACUGCAAAAGAUUAAAACAUCCUGCCAACACAGUAAAUAGACCGGUAGUUUAUGUCAAAUAUUUGACAGUAUGGGUAUAGGUUACAGUAUUGCUGUGCGAUAGGAGCGCAAAAUCAUUGCCUAUUUAAUCUCAGAGCAUAUACCAAGGCAGGACAUAGAAACCCAAUAAUCUAUUGAUAAACUAUAUAUUGAACAACAAUUCUUGUUUUGCAUGCUGUGGCCUAAUGCCAAUCGUUCCAAAUUAUGCCUCAAAUAAUGGGCGUUAUGGUCACCCUAAAAGGUGGAUGGAGGGUGUUUUCCAGGCAGUUGUAAAACUGUGUGUGCGCCAAAUUGAUAAAUGUCAAUAUUUCUGUAUUUGUGCAGACUUUUCAGAAAUGGGUCAUGCAGACAUCUAGUGUGAAUGUAUGCAAUGGUUAUAAAUGAGACCCCAGAGGUGUACUGUAGGGUGAUGUUGCCCCCUAGACACUGAUCUUGGGCUAUUUUAGCAUUUCCCCCACUAAUGGUUAAGGUCAGGAUUGGGGGAAGGGAAAUGUGAUCUGAUCCUUGAUCUGUUACUAGGAUAAGCUUUACCCUGAAGCGCAUCGAGGACUUCAAAACAAAACGGUAUUAAUAGAACUUUUUGUUAUCAGAGGAGGCUGAUGGGCAGUGUAAUGGCUGGAAUGGACAGAAUGGUAUCAAACACAUCAAACACAUGGUUUUAUUACAAAGAGCACGUCCUCCUUUAUCUCCGCCCACCAGCCACCACUGCUGUUUGUGUAUAUAUAGUCAGGAUGUCAUUGUAAAGGGCGGUAAUCUGUCAUGUAUGAUAUGUAUUUUUAAUUGAGACAUGUUUUUAACAAAAAUAUUUGCUGAAAUGUAAUCUGUAUGAUAUUGUCCCUCUAAUCACACAGCAUUACUAGUCUGUCUCUACCCGCCAUGCAGAGUAAAAGGCUCUCAACAAAGAACAUGGUCACUUUUAAUCACUUCAGCUAAUCCCUUCGAACUCAUAUUAUCAAUGAAACACUAUAUACUUUACAAUCCAGUGCUUGACUUGGUGCGGAACACACCAAUAUAAACAGUACCGGCACCUAAAAUGAGUUCCGGCACCUAUUUCAGUCCAAGUCAUGCACUGCUACUACUUUCUUCAGAAGCUUUUCAUAUAGAUACUGUAUACUGUACUUUUCCUCUGUAAGCCAUUAGUAUCAACCUGUAAGCCACUAGUAUCAACUGACAGUUUUUUUCAAUCACUUUGGUGCUAUUUUCACAAGCAUGUGGUGAAUUUCCUAAACUCUUAGUACAAAACUCCAAACUGGUAACACUUGUAAAGCAGUCUUAAAUUCAAAACCUUUUAUUUUGCAUUCAUCUUUCACACACAACCAUUGAUCCACAAUAUACAUGUACUGUAAAAUACCAGCAUAACAUUGAUUUAAUCACCAAACACAACAAUUUAGUUUUUUUUAACAACCAGUUAAUGCAAUAGCAAACAAUGCAAGAUACAUGUUUAAAAAAUGCCCUUAAAUUACAGUACUUUACACUGUUUUCACAUUAGGCAAUACACUUUCACUACCCAUCACAAUGUACCAUUCAAAAAUAUACAAUCAAAUUUCCAUAAUUUCUAUGUUGUGUGAUCAGAUGUGUGAUCAUUAAAGACAUCUUUCACAAUCAUUGAUGCAAAAAAUAAAUGUAUAUUGUUCAUAGGUGUACUGUAAUCAUAUGAAACAAAUGAAAUUAAUGAAAAAAACAGCGUUUAGUAGGCACCUGUUUUCAUCAAGCCUGUCUUCUCAUCAACACCGCAAUGUCCUCAUUCUUCAUACACCUGGUAAACAAAAUUGGCACAGCGAAUCCAAGCCUGACAUCUGGUUUCAUGUCAUUGCAUGGCCUGAUGAGGGUGGCACGCUCAUUGGAAUGGCGACCAUACUCCUUCCACCUGUAUUCUAAUUAUGUAUUGUAUUUUACAGUAUUGUAUUGUACUUAUGUAUUGUAGGGGUCCUGUGUGGCUCAGUUAGUAAGAGCAUGGCAUUAGCAAUACCAGAGUGGUGGGUUUGAUUCCAGGGUUGGGGUCAAUUAAAUUCCAAUUCUCGUCAAUCAGUAACAUUUGGAAUUAGAAUUAGGUUUCAUGUGACUUUCUGAAUUGACUGGAAUUGACCCCAACUCUGUUUGAUAUACAAGAAUGUGUUGACUCACUGCAGUCCCUUUGGGUAAAAACGGCUGCUACAUAAAUAUGUACAUAUGUUACAGUAUUACAGUACUGUAUGGGCCAAUGCAAUUUUAGUAAAUUAGCGUAACCCCCCCCCCCCCCCCAUCAAAAAGACCCCAGCAACUUCCUUUUAGAUUAAUGUUUACCGUAUAGGGCAGGGGUAUUCAACUCUUACCCUACAAGGCCCGGAGACUGCUGGUUUUCUGUUCUACUUGAUAUUUAAUUGCACACACCUGGUGUCCCAACCAUUUUAGAAUCUAUAGGUUUACCAAAUUAAGAGAUUAUCAAUUAAGAGCAGUCGGAUUAAGUAAUAGGUAAAUGUAUUUUAACAAAUGAGAAGACAAUCAAAUCAAAAAUAAUGUGAGGAUUGCAUUGUGAAAUUCAAUGACUUUAUAUGAACAUGUAUUGCAAUGUAAAACAUUUAUUUCUAGAUGAAUCACUGAUUAAGUUUGGGGGAAAAUGACUAUGAUUUUGCAUGUUGUAUUUAGUCAAUUGAAAAUAUGCUUAGCGUUUUGAAACACCUGCCUUUUUGGUGAUCUGUUUUGAGUUUUGUAUGCUUGUGAAAAUUGCACCAAAGUGAUUGGAACUGUAAUAGUGUUCAACCCCACCAGGGAUUAGCACCAUAUCACACGGGUGUAGGAUCUGCAAAUUUAGUGUGUAUUCGAGAUUUAAAAAGGCUUCUAAAGUUUUUAAUGUCUACUUGAUUUGCCCUAACUAAAAAUGUGUCAACCCAUACAAAAAUGUGCAGCAUUAAUUAUAAUCCACAUAAUAAUGAACAUUUCCUGUUGCUGCAGGAUUAUUUUAAUCCACAUAAUAAUGAACAUUUCCUGUUGCUGCAGGAUUAUUUAUAAUCCACAUAAUAAUGAACAUUUCCUGUUGCUGCAGGAUUAUUUAUAAUCCACAUAAUAAUGAACAUUUCCUGUUGCUGCAGGAUUAUUUAUAAUCCACAUAAUAAUGAACAUUUCCUGUUGCUGCAGGAUUAUUUAUAAUCCACAUAAUAAUGAACAUUUCCUGUUGCUGCAGGAUUAUUUAUAAUCCACAUAAUAAUGAACAUUUCCUGUUGCUGCAGGAUUAUUUAUAAUCCACAUAAUAAUGAACAUUUCCUGUUGCUGCAGGAUUAAUUAUAAUCCACAUAAUAAUGAACAUUUCCUGUUGCUGCAGGAUUAUUUAUAAUCCACAUAAUAAUGAACAUUUCCUGUUGCUGCAGGAUUAUUUUGCUGCUGUGAGAAACUGCUCCAAUUAAUUCCUGACGAUUCUACUUACAUGUUGAAUCGGCUCUGUUUGAUGACACCCAAUAGACGAUCUUCUGGCCACGGCCAACAUUUGUUAUUAUUGUGUCUUCCAUCCUAGACAAAAAAUAAUAUUUGUUGUCCCUUUAAAUAGAUUUGAACAGAUUUUAAAAUAUAUUUAACAUGAUGCAUUAUGUUUGAAAGAAGAAUAACUCUGAGAAGACAUGAAACCAUGCAACAUGGUAAUGUGUUGCUCUUGAGAUGAGUGUUGUAGCCAUGGUAAGUAUGUGAGGAAGACUGCAUCCCAAAUGGUAACCUAUUCCCUAUACUGUAUAGUGCACUGAACACACAUUAACGUCUAAUUGUAACAGUGUCAUUGGAUUCAGGUUAAAAGUUGGAUAAAAAAAGAACGUUGGUGUAUCAGUUGGUGACUUUUUUCAAAUCCAAGCAGUUUUCCAUGUUGAGUCAACAUCAUCACAUUUAUUUAUUUUGUUGAAAUGAAUUAGAAACAAUGUUGAUUAAAACAGUUUGUGCCCAGUGGGAAGUAGUGCUCCUCUGGUCAGAGGUAGUGGACUAUAUAGGGAAUAAGGUGGCAGUUGGGAUUGCAGAAACAAUGUUGAUUAAAACAGUUUGUGCCCAGUGGGAAGUAGUGCUCCUCUGGUCAGAGGUAGUGCACUAUAUAGGGAAUAAGGUGGCAGUUGGGAUUGCAGCCUAGUGCUAACCGAAGUCUCUUACUUGUCAUAUUGUUGGAGAGUUGAUGGGCUUGGUAGGGAACACUUUUUCAUACUCACAUGUUUCUGUGAUUCAUAUCUCCUACUUUUGCCCCCAAAGCACAACUUGGACACUCAAUUGUAAAAAUGUGUAAAUUAAUGUUGUAUAGUUGGUACUGUAACAUUAUCCUCACUAACAUAUUUUCGGAAAAAAAAAAUAAAAAAAAUAAUGUAUUACAUAUAUACAUUCAUCAUAUAGGGAACGGCCAUAUAAAUAUGUUGUGUCCAGAACUUCCGGAUUGAGCAAAUGUUUUUUCAUCAUCUGUUGACAAUUGUUGGACAAAAACCGAAUGCAUAUAUGGUUUCAUCUGCAGUCAUAUGUCUCUGUGUGGCCAUAGUCUUUUGAGUGUUUUUUCCAGUAGAUGGCGCUGAUCAAUCACAAGAAAAUAAACAAAUGUAGGAUGCC